AUGGCCCCCAAUUUCCGGAUCCGAACCGUCACAUUGUUCGUGAAGCUGCCAUCUGACGAGGCCCAAUGGGAGCCCGAGCUGGCGGCAGCAGGCAAUUUCUUGGCACGGGCACAGACGGCGUUUGAAGCUCUUGGCCUGGAGGUGCAAACCCUCCGCAUCGCCACGCAGCCGUUGGACCUAUUCCUGGGCCCCCCGGGCCCCGCGCUGGCCGGCGCAGCGCGGCGGCUGGAGUUGCUCGCGCACCGUUGCGGCGUGCCGAUGAUGUCACUCGGCGGCGUCACUGGCGAGGAGUACCUCCCGUGGCUCCCACCGCUGCUGGCUACCACCUCGACCGUCAGCUGCAGCUUCGCACUGCCGCCGGCCGAGCCGCCCUGCGGCGCACUCGCGCGCCGCGCGGCCGCGGCGGCGCUGCAGAUUGCGGCGCUCACGGACGGGCGACGAAACUUUGGGUUCGCUGCGGCGGAGUCCGCGCUCACCGCCGCGCUGCUCGCCGCGCUCGCGCCUGUGGAGGCGACCGCCCUCGCGCUCGAGCUCGGGCCCACCCCGGCCGACUGCGGCGCCGGCGCCUCGGCCGGCGGCGGCGCCGCCGCCGCCACCGCCGCGCCUGCUGCCGAGAAUCAGGGGGGCGUUGUCGCAGAGGGCGGCGCCGCGGGCCUCGGCGCAGGCGCCGGCGGCGGUCGAGGUUUCCGGUACCUCGGGCUCGACACGUCGAUCGCGCCCGGCCUGGACACGCCCCCGAUGACGUCAUCGUUCGAGCGGCUGGGCUACGGGCGCUUCGGGGGCCCCGGGACGCUGGCGGCGUGCGGGGCGGCGACGCGGGCGCUGAAGGCGGUCCCGCUGCGGCUAACAGGCUACUGCGGGCUCAUGCUGGCAGUCUGCGAGGACCAGGGGCUCGCCGCCGCCGCCGCGGCCGGCGGACUGUCGGUCGCGCAGCUGCUGCAGUGGAGCGCGGCCUGCGGCUGUGGCCUCGACACCGUGCCGGUGCCCGGCCCCGGGCCGCGCUGGGCCGAUGUGUACGCCGAUAUCGAGCCCGGGGCGCCGGCGGCCGCAGCCGGCGGUUUCGGGCAGGCGCAAGGCGAGGCGGAGAGUCGCGGCGUCGGCGACGGCGAGGAUUGGGGGCAGAGCGACGAUUACGACUUUGGCGUGGAGGUUGACGAGGUGCUUCUGGGUGCUUUUGCAGGUGUUAUCAUGGAUACCGCCCUGCUGGCCUGCCGCCUGCGCAAGCCGCUGGCGGUGCGGCUGCUGCCGCUGCCCGGGAAGCUGCCCGGGGACGCCACGAGGUUCGAUAACCCCUACCUCAUCAACAGCAGCGUCAUGGCACUGGUGUGA